ACGAUAAUCAUAUCGUAACGUCAUCAUGACGUCAUUUUAUAGGAAAGAGGCACCAGAAAUGUAUAUCACAGUUGAAUAUGGUGAUAACCAAAGUCUUAUCGUUAAUCCUGAUUGUCCAACGAAGAUCUUUACAGAAUAUAUUCAUAAGAAGUGUAAUCUUCCAAAAGACACAAUGAUAGACUUGACAGACGAAAGUGCCACACAGUUUGACUUGUUCGCCAAAGAUCCAUUCGAGAGUGCCUUUCUGUUGUUUCAAGUGAGACACACGUAUCUGGUUUGCACUGUUGAAUUAUAUGACGACAAAUCUUUAAAGAAAAUAACACCGAUUUUAAACGACUGGGAGAAGAAGUAUCCAUCUUUAGAACGAAAACUGAGACACCGAGACAAAAAAGCAAAGCAAGCAGAGGAGGAACAAGUAAGACUUGGUAGUGGAGGAAGAAGACAAAGUACGAUACGACCUAUUUCUUCUAAGAAGUCAGCAGUUAGUGGAAAGAAAAGCGUUAAUGCUGGCAAGAAGAAGAAGGAAAAGAAAUAGGAACAUAAGUUAUUCUGACUAGAAGAAGUAAAAUGAAUGUCAUUUG